CCGCGUUUCGCGAUCAUAUGCGACCCACAGUUCGGAAAAAUAUAUUCCGUACUCUUUAUCGUUCUCCCCUGGUUCUCUCGGUGCGCCGGAUACCGAAAACCUCCUCCAGAACUCGGAUAAGAGAGAGAUGGCGGUCUCUUUGUGGAGAUCGCGUCUCACCUCAUUGAUCCAUCGUCAGGUUGCGUCUGCGACCUCACGCCAGUUCUCCCAGAGAGGCCUCAAUGAGAGCAUGGACGCCGACGAGAAGCGAGUCACUGUCACGCGGCGGCGAGACAGCUUCGCCGUGGAGAGUGAUGAAGUGAAAGACAAACGUCUGUUCAUGCAGAUGGUCGAGAAGUUCAAAGCAGCGAAUCCGAAUCGUCGAGGACACAUCGAAUUCAUCGAGGUCGCCUUGAAGCAUGUCGAGGAGUUCCAGGUUCACGCGGACAUGUCGGUCUACAAGGCGCUGUUCGAUUUGUUCCCCAGAGACAAACUGAGACCCAAGAACUUGACCCAAGCCGCAUUUGUGCAUUUCCCCCGCCACCAGGACUGUGCUCUGCACAUCCUCAAAAAAAUGAGCGAGCACCGCCUGAUUCCUGACCAAGAAUUUCGCCUAAUGAUCCUUGAUAUCUUCGGCCCGGAAACUCACGUAUUCAAGUUAUACUGCCGAAUGAUGUACUGGAUGCCAAAAUUCAGUAAUGCUUCUCCAUAUCGAUUGCCGAAACGCUUACCGAGAGACGCGAAGGAGCUCGCCCUGCUCGGCAUACAGAGGAUAACAGGCGUCGAUCGUGCGACGGAAAUCGAAGUUUUCGAGGCCAGAGAGCUCACCGAGUCCCUCGAUAAAACAUGGAUCGUUUCUGGUCAGAGUUGGAAGCAACGAGAGCUUCUGCUGGAAGAGAGUGGGAAAAACCCUCUGAAGAUCGAAGGACCGUUCACGCUGUGGAUGAAACCUCGAGCGAUACAAUAUUUUACACUGAUAGGAGAGCCACGCAUCAAGCCGGAAGUCUGCAUUGAAACUGACGAUGUGUCCAAUCUAAAACUGAGACUUUUCGGCGAGAAAGAGGAACCGACGAAAGAUAUCACGAACCUACCGAGCGUUCACGAGCAGCUGGAUGGAACUGUUUUCGCGUGCUGUGCCACCGGUACUUCAUCGAGGGAUUCGCUGCUCUCGUGGUUGCGGUUCCUACAGCGGAGAAAUCCAGUCUUAGAACGUCUCCCAACGGUUUUCAAAUUGAGAGCUCCCUCCGAAGCUCUCGUCAAUGUUGAUAUGCCCAACAAAUCUGAGCAAGCGGAUGCAUGGGCCGAGGAAAGUGCUCAAUCACAAUGA